UGCAGGUCGGGUCGGAUCGGAUCGGAUUGGCGACAGCUGCGAGAAUCCUGUGAUUGGGAGAGUUCCUAAAAUCAGCAUAUUACUGUAGGGACAACAAAUGGAUAAUGUUCGGAUUAAAGAGUCGCUGAUAUAAUGGCUGUGGAAGCUCUACAUUGUAAUCUUAACCAGAAUGGUGUGGAUCAUAUGGUUUGUUCUGAAGAUGUGAGCCUGCAAGUACUGGGGGAUCCAGAUGUCUUGAAUUCAAAUGAUGAAAAGAUUUUGAGGAUAGUGGAAUCAAAUGAUAGUCCGAAGAGUCUCCAUGUGCCAGAUACUGAAUCAGUGAAGUCAAACCAUGGGCAAGUAAAACUAAGCAAACCAGUGGCGCUAUGGACUCAGCAAGACGUUUGUAAAUGGCUAAAGAAGCACUGUCCAAAUCAAUAUCAGACCUACAGUGAGUCCUUCAAACAGCAUGAUAUAACAGGUUUCCUAUACUCAUUUGUAUUGCCGUGGACAAAACAUUCAGGGAAAAAUUUUAUGGUGGUGACAGGAUUCUUUGCCACUAGCUGGAAGAGCCAAUGAGAGACUCCUGCUGCCUCCUCUGGGAAGCCCCACUGAUAUAAUAUGCCAAGCGGUUGAGAGGUUCCCAGGCACCACUGGGCGGUGGUGGUAGCUGCUGCUGGAACUGGAAUGCUACCCACUGAAGAUCCAGGAUUGUGAAGCAACCCAGGCCUGAUGUGAUUCCUGUUGGGGAUCAUCAUGGAGGAGGUUUGGCAGCAAGGGCAGGGGUGACUCUGUGGAAACCACCCUUCCUUUGCCAGAUCCUUCGAUCAGACACCAAGUGCCUUUUGAAUGAGGGACCCCCACAAGCCAAUGUAACUCUUUCGAGUACAAACACGUUUCCAUCUGUUCCUAUUCAGAUGAAGUUACAUUGUUUCAUAGUUUGCCAUUGUGAGAUUUGAACUCUUGAUCUUGGGGUUACAAGCCCAGUACCAUAACCACUUGGCUGUUUAGGCCAAGCCACAAGCCCAUGUAAAUUUGCAGGUUGUGCCAUUGUGGGAAGUGGCCCUUAAUUGAGCAUUGGUUGUCCUUGAGGGUCUCAAUUGGCAGGGUCCCCUCUCACUCAUUUAAAUACUCUCUCCCACCUCCAAACUCACCAUGGGGGAGGGCAUAAAAUACGGCUUUCAGUAUUGACCUGAUCUUAUCAUUUGUCCACACUUAAAUAUUUUUCCUUACCAGAGCAUACUUAAUUUAUACUCUCCAUUUCCUGUUUUGAAUAUUCCCCAUUGAUGACCUGUUUCUCUAUUUGCUUAUUUUCCCUUUUAUUUAAUCUAGGAAAUGUCACUUUUUCCCUUUUGAUUUUCUUUUUAAAUCCCAAAUCAGUAGCUUUGCCCAUUUGAUGUCUAAUUUUCAUCAUUUGUUCUUGUGCUGAACUAAAUUACAUUUUUGUAACUGCUUCUCAAAUAUUUUUUCUGUGAUUACCCAGAAUCAGGGCCAAGCUUUUUGGUAUUCUCUGGAAAUGUCUUGCUGGAAAGAUGGCAUUCAUUGCCCAUUCCUAGUUGUCUUCAGAAGGUCAUGGUGGGUGUCUUGAUAUUGUCCUAAUGUGGGAUAAGACUUGCAUAUACGUCAGACUAGGUUAGGUUGGCAGAAUUCCUUCCCUGUGUUUAGAAUGGUACUUCUCUUGCCCACCUUGUAUUGGGACCUGCUAAAAGUCUGGAAUAUCAUUUCCUUUAGUAGAGUGUCUUUAAUCAAGGAGGUGAUACCUACAGAGCUACUCCAUCAUAAGCCUACCAACAUGUGCCAUUUCCCAGCAUUUCUGAUUAGGCAUUCUUUUUAAAAAGAAAAGCCCCUGUGUAAUGGUCACCAGCAUCUAGUUCUGAUGAGUAGAUCAGACCAGAAAAAUGAACUGUUUCUCUCUCCACAGAUACUGCCUGAUCUGCCGAAUAUUUCCAGCCUUUUCUGUUUUUGUUUCACCAGCAUCUAGAUGUGCUGUAUUGUAUUGGUACCAAUUAACUUCCCUUCAGCUAUUUUCUAUUUUAAAGGGGGAAAGCACUCUGUAAUUUUCCUGUACAAAAGCAAAGUACUCCAGAUGCUGGAAAUCUGAGAGAAGCAGAAAAUGGUGGAAAUACUCAGCACAGGUAGCAUCUGUGGAGAGAUCGUUAUUUAUUCCAUUCUUUAAAUAUUUGUUUUUGCUUCUGUAUUUUUCCCAUUUGACUAGCUGAUAUCUAUUAUACAAAAUUCAGAAAAUGAUCCAGCUGGCAGCCUUGUGGAACAGAGCAUUUUAGCUCCAUGAUGUGUGCUGCUGCUGUAGUGGAAUAUGAGUUUGCAUAACUAAUGCUGAUAUCAGUAAGCUGGCAAUUUUAGAUGUGUUGCAAUUGGGGAUGCCAAGCAGAGGGUAGACAUUUACCCUAAAAUGUUGAGAGAAUACCAACUAAUCAGCCUUGUUUCCUCUGGGUAGCUUAACUCUUUAUUGCAAAAAGCCUCAAUCUUCAGCUUCCUAUGCACUUAAUGCAUGUUUUGAGUAGACUAGAAAAUGUGAUGUGAGGGAAAAAUAACUUGAUGGGUAGAAGGUGAAAGAGAGCCACAUGCCCUGAGAGAACUCACUUGCCUUCCACAUAUUGGUCUUUUUGUAAAUGUGUGUGAAUUUGGUGUUAAUUUUAAUCUUUGAAUUGUCAAGUGUUCUGUAGCUAAUGCAGACAGCUGUAUGAUUGGAGCAUGCUCUUGAGUCAUUGCCAAUAAAAUCUGAUCUGAGUGC